GCGUGACUCGAUGGUUCGACGAACGGAGUCAGCUGCGAAGAACGGGCCUGGCGGUGGAUGAGCGGAGCCUGUGCUGUCGUGGCUUCUCGGUCUGGCUGAAGAGAAGGACCGAGGAAAUAAAUGCGAAGGAUGCUGAUGGAAUCACUCUGCAUUCUCUAGACAGUGACACAAGGGAUUUCAUGUUUUGAGACAUCCGUGGGUUAUUUAUAUAUUUCUAUGCAGUCUAUGGGCUGUUGCUUCAGGAAUGGCUCCGCAGUUCCGCAGUUAUGUUUGGGAUCCUGCACUUAUCAUUUCUCAAAUCAUGCUCAUGCAAGCAAUUUAUUACAGCAGUCUGGGGCUUUGGUUGGCUCUAGUAGAUAGUUUGGUGCAGAGCAACCCUUCAUUGGAUCAGAUUUUCAGUUAUGAGGUUUUGGGAUUUGCCACCUCUCCUGGAAGACUUUCCACAAUGGCGUUUAUCCUAAAUGCACUCACCUGUGCCAUCGGUUUAUUGUAUUUCAUUCGACGCGGAAAGCAGUGCUUGGAUUUCACCGCCACCGUUCAUUUUUUCCACCUGUUGGGCUGCUGGAUUUACAACGGAUACUUUCCAACAGCUUUGACCUGGUGGCUUGUACAUACUGUGUGCACAGCACUCAUGGCUGUGAUUGGGGAAUACCUCUGUAUGAGGACAGAACUGAAAGAAAUCCCAUUAAAUUCAGCCCCCAAAUCCAGUGUAUAGGCCGUCAGGGGGCCUGUGUUUCUCCAUCAGUAUCAGCAUCUUGGUGCUAGUUUGUAAAACGUGGAAAUGCAACCGAAGAAAUCCAGAGGGCCUUAAAUAUAUUAGCUGGGAGACUGACAUUUGCAAUACUUUGAUAGGCCAAGAUGAAUAUAGUUUUUACAUAACUCAUUUGUAUUACUAUGCAGACACGCCCAAUUUGCCAAAGUGAUCAGACUCGAGUAUUGGAUAAAAUCCAUAAAAGACUUGGGAAAUAUUUUGAGAAGCGUGCAGUGAGUGGUGAUGAUCACAGUUUCCCUUCUCUAUAGUGUGAACAUCAGUUGACUAGAGAACUCCAACAAUUGCACAAUGGACACUUUGUUCCCUUUUAUCCUUCAUAUACCUGAUACUUGUUUUACUUCCACUUUUUGAAUUAAAGGAUCAAGGAGAUGAAACAAUGCAGAAAGGCACAGUACUGUGACUCACUUGGCUGCUCAGAUUCCAGAAAGCUUAUUAACAACAAAGAGUAAUGUGACUGUAUUUAUUGGACUGAAAAAAAAUACUAUUUUAUUUAAUAAAGAUUUCAACUU